ACAUCAUUUUUAAUGAAUUUUUAUCAUUUGUUUAAAUUUAAAGUCUACUAUCCCCUAUCAUGAAUUUGUAAUACAAUAUGUGCCAAAAUUAUUUUACUAUGCAAAAAAACAUGCUUUUUGUCUUCUAGCUAAUUAAAAAAAAGGAUUUUAUUUGAUCAUGUUUUGAACUCCACUUUCACAUAAAUGGUAAUACUAGUAAUGUUAAAUGUAUUUAAAAAAUAAUAAUUUAUGCAGAAAAAACAUACUUUCCUUCGUAUUUUAUGCCACCUGAAAUUACUAUAUUUCAAAACGUACAUUACAUGUACGAUCAUAGGAUACAACUAUACAUUUCCUUUAUUCUUUUCAAAUUUAAUCAGCUUUCUAUUUUCUGGGCGUUGACAAUGACAGUUCCUUUUGAAUCAUGACUGAACGAUGGGCCAUUGUUGAUGUUGUUGUUGUUGUCGUCGUCAAAAGCAUGAUUAAGGAGUGCGAAUUGUGCUUUUCACUGAGUGAUCACUGAGGGAUGCUUUUUGGGUCGGAGUGAAGCAGGCUGCCCACUAAGCGGCGUCGUCUUCACAUGACCCAGCUCCACCAGCACCUACGUCAUCUUGGCAGUUUGGCAAAGAAUAAGCAGAGCGAAGGAAAAAAAAAAAAAAAAAAAGAAUCCAUUCUCUGGUUGUCGCUGUCCUCCGUGUCUUUUUCUUCUCGGCCCACCCCCGGUGUUCGCGUGUCUUAUUCCCCGGCGGAGAGUGUGCGAACAGGGCGUCUGUUCAACGCUUCCGAGACGCAAAUGCCCGGUCCCACCCAAGCCCUUUCCCCGAAUGGAGAGAAUAACAACGACAUCGGCCCGGACGGCACCAACAUUAUUCCGUACAGGAAGAAUACCGUGCGAGGGGAGCGCGCCUACAGCUGGGGGAUGGCGGUCAACGUGUAUUCUACCUCAAUAACCCAGGAGACAAUGAGCAGGCAUGACAUCACGGCCUGGGUUAACGACAUCCUCUGCCUGAACUACACCAAGGUGGAGCAGCUCUCUUCAGGAGCAGCCUACUGCCAGUUCAUGGAUCUUCUUUUUCCGGGCUGCAUCAGUCUUAAAAAGGUCAAGUUUCAAGCCAAACUGGAACACGAGUACAUUCACAACUUCAAGCUGCUGCAAGCGUCUUUCAAAAGAAUGAAAGUGGACAAGAUUAUCCCGGUGGAGAAAUUGGUCAAAGGCCGAUUUCAGGACAAUCUUGACUUCAUCCAGUGGUUCAAGAAGUUCUUUGAUGCCAACUACGACGGCAAAGAGUACGACCCGGUGGAUGCUAGACAGGGUCAGGAUGCCAUUCCCCCGCCAGACCCCGGCGAGCAGAUCUUCAACCUGCCCAAAAAGUCCCACCACGCAGCUAGCUCCCCGACCGCAGGAGCAUCAAGGUCAAGCGCCACAACCCCAAAGUCAGCGACACCAACAUCCCGACCCUCCUCAGCCAAAAAGAUCCCUACGGCAUCAACCCCCGCCAAAGGGGAGAAAGAGCUGGAGGCGCAGGUCACACAGCUUACUGACCAGGUGAACACAUUAAAAGUGGCCCUGGAAGGUGUGGAGAAGGAGCGGGACCACUACUUCAGCAAACUGCGAGAGGUGGAGCUCCUUUGUCAAGAACAGGGUGAAAACAACGCUCCUUUCGUCGAGCGGCUAAUGGAAGUCCUCUAUGCUAUAGACGAUCAGGAGAGAGCUGAGGAGCUGGCUGAGGGAGACGGGCCCGACGUGGACCAAGAAGGCCACGAGGAGGCGCUGGAUGAUCAGCAGGAGGAGGAACAGGACGAAUACUGACUGAAAAACACUCUUUCUUCUAUUUAAUGUGAGAACUCUUCCUCUCAUGGUUUUUUGUUCUCUCAAAGACUGAGCAGAUUGAAGCCACCUCCCGAGUAGACACCAUCACCUUGUUUCAUUUAAAAAAAAAUUAUUAUUAUUUUUUUUUAUAUAAAAAGUAUCCCUCCGCUCACUGUUCAAAUGUUUUUGUGACUUUUGCUGUGGUCACAAAGUGGAGCUCAGACCAUCACAAGGACUAUCAAAUGUUUCACUCAAUGAAAUGCUGAAGUUGUUGCUGUUAGCUUUCCAAUUUUGAUUUAGGUUGUUUUGAUGUCCACAAUUUGAACCACAAGAUUGCAAUAAGCAAAAAGCCCAGAAAGGGUGUUCGUAGUAGCUCUUAUUUACCCUUCCUUCCUUCCUUCCAACACGUGUUGUUGCACUGACAUUUUGAGUGUAUUGGACAAUCUGUCCAGAGACCCUCGCCAUAUUUAUUCUCAUUCUCGAGCCUUAGACAUAGUAGAUUAUGUGUUCUGGGUCCGUGUGAAGACGGACACUGCAGGCAUGAAUUGUGAAUACAACACUAUUGUAUGACUAAACUAGGACAUGUUUGAAGCAUUGUCACGCCACGCCACAACGGUUUCAUUGAUAAUAUGCCAUAACUGUUAGGAAAGAAGAUGCAUAUUUUGGGGGGCAUAGUCGUCCGUUACAAUGCAACAUUUUUUAAGUUUUCAAACCUCAGCUUGUGAUGAUUCUUAGCGGUUAAGUUCUGGUGUAAAUGGUCAGUCCACUGAGUGUUUUGUUAUGCUAUAUAUUCCAGUAAGUACAUUGUAUACCCUUUCUUAAUAUUGCAUUAUUACUAACAGACAGCUGGGCAGCGCACCAUAACGCUUUAGUCAUGUUAUAUAUUAUUGUGUAAAUGAAAAGGAAUGUAAACCAUGUUUGCUGUCAAUAAUUAAUGAAUGGUAAAUGUUAAAUUUUUUUCUUCCAUGUCCCACUCAUGAUACAUUCCCUAGAUAAAUUUUUGUUUUUGUUUUUGCAUGUUUGCAUUUUAUUUGUGAAUAACUUGACAUUUUUACAUAUUUAAUAAGAAAAGCGAGUAUGUUAAGUGAGCUUCUUUUGUAAGUUUAAUCUGCUAUUUGAAAGUUGAGAUUCGGAUGGAUUUGCUGUAAUAAAAUGUUUGAGUCCA